AUGGAGGCCAGUGCCGAGGUGACUGGCGUAGAUGGAAAUUUAGGAAAUGGAAAAGGAUGCGCAACCGCAAUGGUAACAAGAGGGGGAGGCGACGAGUUCUCAGAACGCAUUUGGGAGCGCCGCCACAACGCCAGUCUUUUGGGAGGCCCUUCCGCUGGCAAUUCUCCAAUGGAUGUGAAACGGUGCUCACUCUGGGGAAACUCACCGCCAUGUCCGCGGAGUGUGGGGCGACCUGUGGACGAUAACACCUUCACACGCUCAAUAGUCGGAGCGACAACGUCAUUGGAGGUUUCGCCUCUCGCCCCUGAGGGAGGCCUGUUAAUGGUUGAAGGAAGUAGUACCUUUACACCUUGUGCUUACCGCCGCCGUAGUUGUCAGCACCUUGGCGAACCUGCGGAGGGUAGCGCUACCACACCAUCCGUAUCCCCCACUUCGGUAGCCGCAGGGCUUACACCUUCUGUGUACAGCGCCCGCGCCACCAGGUCGGAAUCCGCACACGGUGCUGCCAUCAGUGGCGUCGCCGCUAUUGCUGCCGCCGCUGCAGCGAAUUCCACCACAGUGGCUUCUGCCAAUGCGAACAACACCGCCGGGAUCACAACUCAGCGAACAGGGGAACCACUUGAGCUGGCGGGAGAUCCUUCACCGGGAUUUAUUGCACGACUUGACUGGGGUGAUGCUGUUGAUCAAGUAACAGGUGGAGAAACCAAGGAUGUCCACGCAAGCAGAAGCGAUGCACAUUGUCUCAAUGAGGCGAUUGGCGGUAUUAAUCUUCUGGACGAGUUGUCGCCUUUAUGCACACCAAAUACUCGCAGAACGAGCGGGAGGUGGGGAUCAAAUUUGGGUAUACGUCCCACAAGUGAUUCUUCCUACAGCCAGUUGGCACGCCCAGAGAGGCUACCGCCACAGGAAAGCGAUUUGUUGCUUGGAGGUCGUAGUGCCGGAAUGGCCGAUUACCAACGUCAGCAGCAGCACCAGAAGCAGGAGUUGCACGACACCUACCCACUGCGUUCAGGACAGCCGUACGAACGGUUCACGCUCUCGUCGGCAGCUUCCGGUGCGGUAAACCGGAAUCCCAUCAUGAGCCACGGCAGCAGGAACAACAGCACGAUAGAUAUGAUGCAAACAUCUGGGACCAAUCCCAACAGGCGAAUCUCAUUUAUGUCGGGCUCCGAGCACCAAGGAAAGGGGUGGAGCGGCGAAAAGGCGAGGGAUGUGCACGCGGCCUUUGCAGAUCCCACUGCUUUGCUCCGUGCUGAAGAAGAUGCCGAUGCUCUCAUGCGGUUAGCAACAAAAGUGGUUCAUCACCGCCACUACAGUUCUCACCCAGUUAUGCAGCAACGAGAUCUAAACGUGACGGCGUUAGCCGGAAGUAUGAUGAGUGAAAACGGCCAGUCUGCUGCUUUUACUGCUUCCGGUUCACAAAACUCACACGACGCAGCGGCACGCUCGCGGGCCCCUGUUCAAAUGCCCCUCCACGGUGGCCGCAUCGUGAAGCUGGCAGCCGACCAACAGGGUUGUCGUAUGUUACAAUCCGUGCUUGAGCGCUUUCCAUUCCACUCCUCAGAGGUGCAAAAAGUUAUCUCCGAGUUGUUGCCGGUGCUUACAGAUGUUAUGAAAGACCCGUACGGAAAUUUUUUGGUCCAGAAACUGCUUGAGGUUGCGCCGGAUGAGGAACGGAUGCGGUUGCUGGACUAUCAUAUAUCGGCUUCCCUGUGCGAUGUUGCCAUCUCCCCGCAUGGAAACUACGCUGUACAAAAGUUAAUUGAUUCACUUCGCUCUAGUCAAGAAGUCCAAGUAGUUUGUCGGGCGCUUCAGCGUGGAACGCUGCAGCUUAUGACGGAUCUUAACGGUGGUCACGUUAUUCAAAAGCUGCUUCAAUGCAUCUCGCCGAAGGAUCUAACAUUUCUGUACGAUGUCAUUGUGAAGGACACCGUGGAUGUCUGUAACGAUAAACACGGCUGCUGCGUCGUUCAGAAGUGUAUGGACCACGCAAUAAAUGUGCAUCUGCAACGAACUCAAAAAGCAAUACUCCGUCACAUGUUGCAACUCUCCCUAAAUCCCUAUGGAAACUAUGUGGUGACUCACCUCAUCAGCAUGUGCAACUCGCAGUCACAGCGACACGUGGUUAAUGAAGCCGCUCACUGUGCAGGACCAGCCCUCGAACUUCUAUGCGCGAACAAGUUCGCUUCCAACGUGGUGGAGAAAAUUGUGCAGGGGUGUGCGCCGAGCGCCAAGCUAGAAUUGUGUCGAUUCUUAUUUAAUAGGUCCACAAUCAACACAGGGAUGUCAGCGAGGUUAAUGGGGAUGGAUUACGUUUUGGGGGAACAGGACCCACAGCAGCGGUUAAUGAUCCAGCCUGCCGCUGCAUUUGUUACUCCGUAUCAGGAAAACACGGCAUUGGAAACCAUCGUCCUGAAUUCAUACGGAAACUACGUUGUGCAGACGAUGCUUGAUGUGCUUCCCAUUAGUCCUGAGCUUGCUCAGUUGCUUUUUCUUUUGCAUAAACUCAGUCCUGAAAUAAUGAAACACAACUUCGGAAAGCGUAUUGCCUCCAAGAUGGAACAGGCAAGGGAACGUAUCAUUACCCACUUGCAGGAAAGGGGCGUCAACGCGGGUGAGGCGGAUUUAAUUGGGAACCGUUACACCGACCGUCUGGCGGAUGUCAGUCGCUCCGUCAUCGAGUCGUCGUUUCAUUCAAAUAUCCCUAUGGAUCGGCCAGCCACCAAUUACAACAUCAAUGGCAGCGGUACGGCUGGCGAAACACCGCAGAUGAAACCACAAGAAGUCGAAAUCAUUAAAGCGCUUUUGGCUUCAUUGGGAAGUUUCGCACCGGCACCACCACCACCACCCGCCAGCGCCGCCGGAUCGGUGAGGGGUCCGCUAGCAGACGUUCAGAGGGCUGUCGAUGUGAUUAGUGGCCCGCGCUCAAAUAAACGAAAGCAAACGCAACGCGGCAGGAAGGGAUGA